AUGGCAGUGACGGUAUCGAUUACAGUGAACGGUUUUUUUUAUGAAAACGGGUUUGAAAGUGAUACCGAAGCAAUAAAUUGGGCAAAGGGAAUUGCUAUACGGAUUGGGUUUGAGCUGGUUAUUUCGUCUCACAAGAAAGGGGGGUUGGUAAAACUUUUGAGAUGUUGUCGGGGUGAGAGAUAUAGAGGGUCGCACACAGAUUUAGAUUCUUUUGCACGAAAGAAUACGAAGACGAAGGCCUGCCAAUGCCCUUUCAGGAUUGUGGUGAAAUUUAUUAAUGGCACAUGGACUGUUCUUGCGAAGUCUGGGAUUUCAAGUAUGCACAAUCAUGCGUUAGCUGUGUAUCCUGAGGGACACCGUCAGAUGAGCGGACUGAGCGCUGCGGCCAAAAUGAUUGUGCGGGAUAUGAGUGCGGCACAAGCUAAGCCGUGUGCUAUUUUAGCGGCUGUUCAAGAAAAAUUUCCAUCUGACAACCCUACAAGAAGACAAGUUUAUAAUUACAGAGAUAAUUUGAGAAAGUCCAGCUUUGAGGAUAGAGAUAUGGUAGGUCAGUUUUUUCAUUUGGCUCUGACGCACAACUAUUUACACUGGACGCUUUCUGAGGAGAGCACAGGUGUGUUGACCCAUCUUUUCAUGUCGCAUCCUGACUCCGUGCGGUUAGUCCGAACUUACCCCUGGGUGAUCGGUAUGGACUCCACGUAUAAGACCCAAAUACCACAUGCCUUUCUUUGA